AUCACCCUGCAAUGAAACACAACUACACCAUGCUAAAAUAUGAAAGCCGGCAAUCUUCGACCGGAGAGCAUUUCUCCAGCAGAAGCAUGCUAUGUUGCUACAUCGCUGUGUAUAGACCAGCGCGCCUGGCAUCGAUCUGUUUUGCUUCUCGCCACUGUUCGAAGCUCUCGCUUCAGUUCUCUUUUGGCACCCGUCGCGAUCGGUUCGUUCAUUCCUUUGGUUCCCCUGACUGUGAUAGUGUUGAGCCCUCCCCAAACCAUUCCGUUGUACCGUUCGUUCCAUUCCGCUUGGCCCUCCAUAAAACUCCCGUUCGUUCGGAUUCCCCAAUAAGCCAACCCUACUACGUACGUAUAGUUAGUUGUUGUUAGUGACGAAUCCGGUGUUGAUCGAAGUCAAUUGUUUGAUGCACAUAUAUAAUUUGGCUUAACCGGUGGUCACCAUCCGACAACACAGUCUGCUGAAAUACGGUUCAACCCGGCUUGUGCUAGAAUAUGUGUCAAUGAUUUGGAAGUGAAACUGGUUUCGGAUCAAUUCAAUUAGGAAGAAGUCUAGGGAAAAUGAAGAUACAGUUAGCAGUUCUCGUUGUGCUGUCCCUCUUCGGAUACUGCCACGUUGCGCCCGCAUUCGGCGAUGCUUUCCAGCUAGGUAUAGAACAAACUUACACGUAUGUCAAUGAAGUUCGCGUGGGCGACGCGAAAAAUUCCUCGCAAACCGUCGGAUACCUCGUCAAGGCCAAAGUCCACGUGGCUACCGUUUGGGGUGAUGAUGAACACAAACUGCUGCUGUUGAAGGUGACAAACCCAAGCCUGUACACCAGUCCGGGUGAUUUGAAGCACAAAACGACCUUAUCCAAGGUUGAUUCUGCGCCUUUCUACGUCUACUGGAAUCUCGGACAUCUGAAGAAAAUCUACUUCGAGAAACAAGAGGAUGCCUCGUUGGAAAGUUUUAAGAAGGGGGUCGCUUCCUUGUUCCAGUAUCAGCUACUCGACGGGAAAUACGUCGAGCAAGACCCGUCCGGAGAGUGCGAAGUUCAGUACACAUCACAUUCGUCGACUCGGUAUCACAAAGCGAAGAACAACUGUAAGUUUGCCGACGAUUGCUUGGAAAGGACCGAGUAUCCUCUGCGUAGUCUGACGAGGACGGUUCGAAGUGCGGACUUCACCGUCAGCACCGAAGGAACGCUGGAAAAGGUUGUGGCCCAGGACUACGUGAAAUACCUGGUCAAUGCGUACGAUGGACUGGGUGCAUUCUUGGAGUCUACGACCAAGCUAGAACUCGAAGCUGGAUCCAAAAAAGUUGACACCCUGAAGGGAAAGUCUGUGGAUGAAGUGGUGAAGUCGUUGGCAGUUGAGGAACACGGAUUGUUAUCGGAGGACUUUGAAUCGAAAUGCGAAGGCGAAAACUGUGAUAAUCUCGUACAAUUAGUUAAGAGUUACAAGAAAGGCCUUACCAAUGAACGCAUCGGAAAGCAGGAUUCAUCAGUCGCCCUAGUCAAAUUGAUCCAGAGCGGUCGUCGUACAUCCACUGAAGACUUCCUCCGUCUUCUCAAAGCGAAAACUAUGCAAGAACAGCGAGGUCAACUACUGGAUCUGCUGGGCGCCAUCCAAACAGUUGAAUCCCAUAAAGCAGCUAAGACUUUGCUGAAAUACGAGUCGGAUGAAGAUCUAUUGCUUGCGGAACGAUACUUGCAAGCUUUGGCCGUGGGAAGUCGACCCAAGAAAGCUGUCAUUGAAGAUCUGUUGGAGUUGGCUGAGAAGAAGCCUGAUAACAACAAAUUCUUCGACACCCUGCUGCAAACUCUGGGAUCCCUAGCGCAUCGGUAUGCCAAGCUUCCGGGAAAUUCCUACGAUACCGAAUUGGUCGAGAAGGUCAAAGAUUUCCUGCUCAAGCAUCUGGAUUGGUGCAGAAAGGACAGAUGCAAGGAGAAGUUCAUCCGUGGGUUGCACAAUCUUAAAUCUCCCAAAACCUUGGACGUGCUCGUCAAACUUGCCCAGGAAGGUAGUUCAAGAGUGAGCGUACCCGCUAUGAAAGCCCUGCGGUCCUUCUCCGUAUUCCUGUGGAACGAUGAGUUCAAAGCUGUCUUCGAAGAUAUCUUCUACCAAGUCUCCAAGAAAUUCGACUCGAGUGCCAGAGCUCUGGCUCUAGAUAUCCUGCUAGACUUGAAGCCGGACUACGAAGAACUGAUGCACUUGGUGCAGCUCCUGAAGUCCGAUGACAAAGUCUAUGAAGUUAAGCAGUAUCUUCUGCAGAAGCUUAACAUGUUGGCCGAUCGCUGUCCCGACUUUGCAGCUUUGCUGGAGAAGGUGAUCCAAAGGGAUCACCAGCUGAAUAACUAUCAUGUCCUGGGUGCCAAGGGCUUGUCCACGGCUCUCACGAGGACUUACUCCAAGGCACCUUCGUUUAAUGCAUCUCUGGUGUCUCUACAGGAAAUGAGUGGAGGGGUUCUCAAGCGGGGAAUCGUGGAUCUUGCUUUGGAGGUAGGGGAAGAGAAAUUUAGCCUGUUCACGCUUGGACUGUUCGCUGGAGGUCUGUCGUCCUUCGUUAGCAGCGGAGAUGGCGAGGAAGCUGAAGAAGAUACCGAAACAAUCGCUGGCAUGGAGCUGUCGGUGCAGGGCUCCGUCCUACGGCCUUUGGUGUUCUUCGACGGAAAAGGCGAACUCAUGGGACACGUAUGGAGUGGUACGGCCUCGGAACCUACUCCGGCCUAUCAGGCAACAACGCUUCUCCAGGACAAUGAAGAGCGGUUUCCACUUCAGAACGGAGGCGUUGUCAAGCUUAGCACCCUGGGAGCAAUUUCGAUCGAUCUGAAUGGACAAGUGACCAUGAGCAUUUGGGGACGGAACGCACAUUCAAAAGUUGAACAGAACACCGGAAUCGCCGUAACAGGAAGUCUCUCCUUAGACACGUCGUUCGUUUCGCUAUCCGUUAACUUCAACACUGGUCAAGAACCUCAGCUGCACCUAACGUCGGACCUGGAUUUCUCCUCCGACAAUCGGCUGUGCAUGCAGCUGAAGCAAACGGACAGCGUUCUCAGCCGAAGUGUACUGAAAUCGGUUUCCAUUCCCGGAACCAAAUACCACAAAACGCAUUCCAACAAAGUGACACACAAAAUACCCGGCCACACCCACGCCCUGAACCAGAAGAAUAACGAUAUGUGCAAUCUGAUUGCCAAGAGCUGAUCCCACGCAAGGAAGGUGAAGUCAGGUAGAGGAGGUCGGAGGUCCCACCCAAAGGAGGAGACCAAAGCAACCAUUUUGCUCCCAAAAAUUACCCUCUAGGAUUACGUUGAUGAGACUUGAAAACAAAAAGUAGAGGAAUGUUAAUGUUUCGUUUGAAUUAAAUAGAAAAACCGUACCAGAAUCGGAAGUGUGUUUGAUCAUGGGUGCGAUGUUUUGUACAGCUGAAUGGGAGUGUUAUCAUUAAGCCAAUGAACUAAAUAAAGAUUUCUUCUAACAUAGAA